AUGGCUACUCAGGACUCACCCCCACCGUCUGAUGAUACCAAAUCCAACGUGUUUGAGAGGGCCCUCCAGUCAUGGGUGGAAAUCGACUUGCCCUCGCUUCAAAAGAAGUUGGACGAGCAAGGAGUUGAAAUCAGGGAGGGCCAAAAAGAUCUGCUAAUAAGUAGAAAAGCUCUCGCCACCAAGACCAAAGAUUUCAGAAAAUUGGACUCCCUGGAGAAACUAGAACAGGUAAAGACUUUGCUUAAGCUAUACCAAAAUGAAAUAGAUAGCUUAACCACCAAGAAUAAGAAUGUCGAGAAUUACUUUUUUGGCAUGUACCGACUAAUAGCCGAAGCACCAGAUCCUCGACCUUUGCUAGAGUUGUCGCUCGACUCGGUGAUUGAGAGCCGGGAAAUAGGGAAAUUAAAGAGCGAGCUCGAGAAGACUGUCAAGGAGUUGUCAAAGAAGGCAGACUAUGACAAGUUGAAGGAAAGAUUACUUCUGAACGAGCAAAAAGCAGCCGAGAUUUUAAGCAUCAAGCUCAAGGCCAAGGAGAGCGAGGUUAGAGCUGAAAUGGAGGAGAAGGAAGCCAACUGGCUUCAAAAGCAGCGGGACUUUGAAAAUCAACUUGGCACCGCCCAGAAACAAAUUGAAGAGUUGAGAGCGUCCAAAGAACUGACCGAGAUGCGACUCGAUAAUCAAAGUAAAAGUCACGAACAUUACGAAGGCGCGCCGGCGUCGACGAUGGCUGAGUUGGACAUGGUGAGAAGAGACGCAGAACUGGCUAGAAAAAGAGUUUACGAGUUGGAGAAGCGGAACGAAAGUCUAAGGCGAGAAAUUGCCGAGUCCAAAAACGACAAGGACAUUGACUUGGUCAAAGCCAACUGCGAUAAAAAGAUUAGUGAAAUGGAAGGAGAGAAUGUCUUGUUGGUUGCAAACUUGAACCAGAUACGGAGACAAAAGGAGGAUGUGACUAAUCUGCUACAAAACAAGAUUGAAGCCUUGACCAGGGAAAAUUUAUUAGUUUCCCAUGAAGUUAAAACUUUGAAGCAAAAGUUGGAAAAGACUGCAGAUUAUGAAGAUAUCAAAAAUGAGCUUUAUUUGCUCAGGCAAAUAGAGUUUGGACACGGCGAGGAAGACGAGGGCGGCGAGGUAUCGUUGCAUACAUCUGGUAAAGAUACAAAGCUAGAUACUAUAGUCUUUGAAAGAAACCGAGCCAUGACGCAAGAACUAGCUAAUUUCCGUUCCAAACACGACGACUUGAUAUCAAGAAUCAAUGAGCUUGAAGCGCAGGCGAAACUGUCGGCGGAGGAGCUCCACCACGCGAGACAAUUGAAUUCCAAACUUGAAAAUGAUUUGGCCGAUUUGCAAGAUGCCGGUGGUCGUGGUAAAAUAUUCAACGACAGUGCAAGUUUGAUAUCGGGCACAAGCCGAAUGACUAGGCCGGGCAGAAAUGGAAGCAUUGCAUCAUUUGCAGGGGACCGCGGGGUCAAUGACGAGUCAUCAAUCUUGCCCAUCAUCACCAAGCAAAGAGACAGAUUUAGAGAGAAAAACAACGAAAUCGAGGAGGAGCUUCGGAAACAGACUAGCCUCGUAAAUGACAUGAAGAGACAAAUCAAUGCAUUAAAACAGGACAACGAGGAGCUCUACGAGCGUGGAAGGUAUCUUCAAUCUUUCCAGACGCCAGGCACGAGAAACAUCACAACAACUUCAAGUGGUCGUAAGAUUUUGAACCCUAAACCAAAUGCAGACUUGGAGAAAAAUUUAUACACGCAGUAUCAAAGAGAUUACGAAAAGAAGCUACACCCUAUUGAACAGUUUAGAAUCAAGGAACAAGAAAGAAUCAAUUCGAGACUUUCACCCUUGGAGAGAAUGUUUAUUUCCAUGACAAGAGCCGUGCUAGCAACGCGAGUCACGCGAAACAUCUUUCUCGCGUAUUGCGUGGGACUACACAUCAUGGUCAUGUCCAUCACCAUCUACGCUAUGAACUUGCACACGGCGUUGAUUCCGGAGGUGGGGUUGAAUACAAGUACUGGCGGCACGACGGUGAACAAGAUUGAAUCCUCAAAUUGA